AUGCCACACGUGGACGGGAUCCAAGCAAAUCUCAUUUCCAGUGGAAUCCCUUUGAUGGAAUAUCCUAACGUGUCGUCCGCGCCCAACAACGUGUUUUGCGAGUCACAACCCGGUCAAACUUUCGAGGUAGAGUUUUCAGGACCUGAGAGACCUUCGGAUUGUGUAGUCCACCUCUACUGCGAUGGCGUUUUCAUGUCUGGCUAUGCAUUCCCUCGCCGUCGCCGUAUCAAAUCAACUUUUCGAGGGGUCUAUCUACCGGGAGAUGACGCAGCAUUGUUGCCCUUCAAGUUUGCGAACGUCGAGCUUUGUGAAGAAGAUGACAGUCACCCGGAACAAAUCGUCAAAAACCUCGGCACUGUAGCUAUUGAAUUCUUUCACUGUACCUUGGGUCCACCCAAACCAAGUGGUAGGAGUACCAUUCCAUCCGUUGCAUCAAACAACAAAUUCUCUGAACGAAACAAGAAAGCUAGCAUGAUUCCACAUACCAUUGGUCUUGGGGAAUCCCUUCCAGCUCCGACAAAGCGAAGCUCGAUAUCUCAUGACCCUAGUCAGAUAGAUCCCACACCCUAUGUACGAUUUGUGUGGCAGUAUAGGUCUCGUAGUAUGUUGAUCACUUCCGGCCUCAUUCCUCGGCCCACCAGCCAACUUCUAGACAUCCGAAUAUCAACACCACCUCCACUUACGCACCAAGAUGACGAAGAGGCGCACAAAGAAACGAAGCCUGACAUCAAGCCAAAGGCGAGCGGUACCAAGCCAGUGGUGAUCGAUCUUUGCGACGACAAUGCAACAUUUGCAUUGUUUUCUAACAGUAUCGAAAAUCCAAUUCUCCUCGACGAUGACGAAGAUGAUGAGUCAAUAAUCCAAUCAUCUGUCAACCUCCUUCAAGCUAGUACUAGUAGCAGUACAACCCAACAAGUUGAUAAUAAACCUGUGAAGAUUGAGAUAGACACUGCUCCCAGUGGGCAACCUAAUCGAAUGAAGCGUCACCAGGCCGACACACAAGUUGAAGAGAUUGAUCAAAAACGUGUGAAGUUGGAAAUAAUAUCUGAAGCUCUAAAUGACUCGGACGCAACUAUAGAGGAUGAAAAUUCAGUUUGA